AUGGCCAGCCUUGCAACUACAACCAUUCGGCGCAGGCGCUUGAUUGCUCUCAUCGUUGUGGUUCUCAUCAUAUUUCUCCUCUUCGUCCGAACCUCGGAAUUGGAAUUGCCAGAUGUCCUCAGAGAUGCAGGCGUACCUUUAUCCAAGGGGAAUUUCGCUCAUAUCAUGAAGGGGAAACUCCGGUUCUCUUCGGUCGAAGUGGACGAAAUCUAUGGCCUCAUACACCUCGUAACGAACGAUGAUCACGAGCAUCAACAUGUAUUGAGCCAGUCGCCCAAGUUCGACCCCACGAAACCGGUGAACCUGACGUUGUAUGCCCCUGGAGAGGAAAAUGAGGUUAAUUGGGUUGAGGAAGUGGAAAGGUUGAACGAGAAGUAUCCUGUCGUUGUCUUCAGCAAGUCAUUUUGCCCAUACUCUGCAAAAGCGAAGAAACUCCUCGAAUCUUACAGCCUUCGACCACCACCAAAAGUGAUUGAAGUUGACCUACGCGAUGACUCGAUACAAAUCAAAGCCAUUCUGACGAGACUGACUGAAAAGUCGACCUUUCCCAACGUCAUUGUAAGGGGGACAUCCAUUGGUGGUUCGGACGAUGUACAGCAAUUACAUAGGGAGAAGGAAUUAAAGCGGAUCUUCGAAAAAGCUGGGGUACAGGUGACUGCCGACGCCGAGGAGUAA